UGUCACAUUGUCUUUCAAAUGAAGUGUUUUGAAAAUUUGAAUUUAUUUAUUAUACUAGAAAUAGAUAAUAGAUAUCACUUACAUCCUUAUAAUGUCGUCUCAUUUAAUGAAUAAAUUUAAACAAUUCGAUGCCUAUGCAAAAACUUUAGAAGACUUCAAAGUAAAAACAGCUACAGGAGCAACAAUUACUGUUGCUGGUGUGAUUAUUAUGGUUUUAUUAUUUUUGUCUGAAUUAUAUACAUAUAUGUCUCCAAAUAUAUCAGAAGAAUUAUUUGUAGAUACAUCCAGGGGACAUAAAUUAAGAAUAAAUUUUGAUAUUAUUGUACCGAGUAUAUCAUGUAGUUAUUUAGUAUUGGAUGCAAUGGAUUCUUCUGGUGAACAGCAUCUUCAAAUGGAUCAUAAUAUUCACAAAAGAAGAUUAGACUUGGAUGGAAAUCCAAUAGAAGAACCUAAAAAAGAAGAAAUUGCAAUUUCUUCCACAGUCAAACAAAACACAUCUGAACUAGCAACAGUAACAUGUGGAAGUUGCUAUGGGGCUGCCUUUAAUGAUUCUCAGUGUUGCAAUACAUGUGAAGAUGUAAAAGAAGCAUACAGAAUCAGAAGAUGGGCAUUACCAGAUUUGGCAACUAUUGUACAAUGCAAAGAUGAUGAGUCUUUAGAAAAGGCCAAUUUAGCCCUUAAAGAAGGUUGUCAAAUAUAUGGUUAUAUGGAAGUUAAUCGAGUUGGUGGAAGUUUUCACAUAGCUCCAGGAAAAAGUUUUACAAUUAAUCAUGUCCAUGUACAUGAUGUGCAACCAUAUUCUUCAUCUGCAUUUAAUACAACACAUAUAAUACAACAUCUUUCUUUUGGAAGUGAUAUAAAAAGUGCUAAUACUGCACCUUUAGAUGGAGUUAAGGGAAUAGCCAAAGAAGGUGCUGUAAUGUUCCAGUACUAUAUUAAAAUAGUUCCUACAAUGUAUGUAAAGCUAGACAAGACUGUGCUACAUACUAACCAGUUUUCAGUAACUAGACAUCAAAAGUCAGUAUCUAACAUUAAUUCAGAAUCUGGAAUGCCAGGAGCCUUUUUUAGCUAUGAGUUAUCGCCUCUUAUGGUGAAGUACACGGAAAAAGAAAGGUCCAUCGGACACUUUGCAACUAAUAUCUGUGCAAUAAUUGGAGGAGUAUUUACUGUUGCUGGUAUUUUAGACACACUUUUGUACCAUUCCCUAAAUGCUUUCCAUAAUAAAAUAGUAUUGGGUAAAGCUGGAUAGCAUAAGUUCACAUAGUCUUUAAAAACAUGUUAAAAUCAUCAACAUGACACUUCGCAUACUUCUUACAAAAUUCUAUAUCUGUAAGUUCAACUAAAGCAUUUAUUGGAACAAAAUUUUCAAUAGUCGGAUUGUAUUGAGCUCUACCCAAUUUCUCUAAAAAUGUA